AUGCGGGACGCAGGCGGGGGCCGGCCCCGCCCGCUGAGCUCCGGUGCCCCCCAAGCAGCGGCACAAGCCCCGGGGGUGCCACCCGGACGCUGCCGCCCCGCGGGGCGUGGGGCGGAUGCCCUGGGCCCUGCUGAUAAGGGCUGGCGGGGGGGAGGUGUCCCGCGUGUGCCCUGCGCCCCCCCUGCCGCCCGUGGGGGGCCCCCGGGGUUGGGCAACUGCCGGCGGCUUCCUGCCACCCGGAGAGGGGCACAGGCGGGGAGAGGGGACCGGGGGGGGGCAAGGGAGGGCGCAGGAGUGUCCCCCCCGGGACCGCAACGCUGUCCCCCUGUGGCUUCUGCUCCUCUCUGCCUGGGGACAUCCCUGGCCCCCCCUUUGUGGCCCCCCCAGGAUGCCACGCGUGUCCCCUGCCCACUCUUCCACUGUCCCCCGCUUGUGUCCCCUUCUCCCUUUGUCCUGUCGCUGUCCCUGUGUCCCCCCCAUCCCCUUGUCCCUCGGACCCCACGAGUGUCCCCUGCUUGUGUCCCUGUGCCCCCCACCCGUGUCCCUGUGUCCCCUCUUCCCCUGUCCCCUCCUUUUGACCCCUCAGUGUCCUCGUGUCCCUCCCCACAGGUCCCCCUCCCCCCCCGUGUCCCUCUCCCCUCACACUUCCCCCCCCCUCGGUUCCUGUCCCCCCCUCCCUUGUCCCCAGGGUGUCACUCGGUGCCAGCAGAGCCACCCCGGGGGCUGGCACUGCCGGGCCUGUCCCCACGCGUGUGCCCACAUCUCACGGGCAUGGGUUUGCCCUGAGCACCGCAGGGCUCCAGGAGGCGGCGCCGCUGCUCCGGGAUGGGGGACCCCGAGGCGAUGGCGGCGCUGGGGGAGGUGCUAGGGCGGGGUCAAGCUAUGGCCCCGCCCAUGGCCCCGCCCCCACCCGAGGUGGAAGUCACGUGGCAAGAGAUCCUGUCCCUCAGCGAGCUCCAGGGCCUGGACGUGGCUGCAGACCCCCAUUUCGAGCCCCAUUUCUACCCUCUCUCCCCGCCGCCGCCUCCCCCCUACCCCUCCCUCCCGCUCCCCGCUCCAGCCCCUCCGCCCCCUCCUCCUUUCGCCGCUGCUUUCCCUGCUCCGUUCCCCGGUGCCCCCCAGCCCCUGCCGCCGCUCCCGGCGGAGCCGCUGGCCGCGCCCGCAGCCGCUCGCCGCGGGGGCACCGGCGGUGGCAGCAGGGACGCUCGGCGGGCGCUGGCCCUGGCGCUGCCCAUCGGCCCCGAGGCCAUCGUGAACCUGCCCGUGGAGGACUUCAACGCCCUGCUGGGCCGGGCGCGGCUGUCGGGCGCGGAGCUGGCCCUGGCCCGGGACAUCCGCCGGAGGGGCAAGAACAAAGUGGCGGCGCAGAAGUGCCGGCGGCGGAAGCUGGAGGCCAUCGCCCGGCUGCAGGCGGAGCUGGGCAGGCUGGGCCGGGAGCGGGAGCGGCUGCUGCGGGCGCGGGGCCAGGCGGAGCGGGCGCUCGGUGCCCUCCGCAGGGACCUGGCACGGGUCUCGGCGCAGGUGCUGGGGGCGCUGCGGGACGGGGCCGGGAACCCUCUGCCCCCCGAGAGCUUCGGGCUGCGCCUGGCACCGGACGGGCACCUCUGCCUGGACAGCCCAGGGCUGGGCGAGUGAAGGGGAGGCUCCGGGUGCCAGCCUGCACCCCGCCGAGCCCAGCGGCACCCCGGGGUCACCCUUGCCCACCGUGGGGAUAAAUAGGGCCCUUGGGUGCUCGUGGUGCCACCCGGAGCCCUCCAGAGACACUCGUGGGUGCUCCACGCCUGCCUGCAGCAGGUCCUCUACCCCAGGGUGCCCCGGGAGGUGCCAUGGGUGCCCCCCAGCUCUGCUGUCCCCCUGUAAAUAGACAAUAAAGCAGCUCGGAAGGGG